AUGACUUCCUCCUCGCUCUUGCUGUCUCUCCUCCUCCUGCUGGCCUCAUCGGCUGCGGGACUUGCAACGGCGGCGCGAGACGACGACGCCAGCGAGCACGGGCUCACGCACAUCCACAUAUACCUUCAUGAGAUCUUAUCAGGGCCGAACGCCACGACGAUCGCCGUCACGCAGUCACCGCGGGGUGGCAACGCGACCUUCGGGAGGAUCGGCGUGCUCGACCUCGAGGUACGCGACGGCUCGGACCCGAAGAGCUCCGAGCUCCUCGGCCGGUACCAGGGCAUGUUCGCCUUCGCGGGGCUCGUGAGCCCGCCGUCAGGCUUGCUGACGACGGUCAACUUCGUGUUCACGGCCGGGGAGCACGACGGAAGCACGCUGGCCGUUCUAGGAAGCAUCCCGAGCUUCGAGGACUCCUUCGAGCGCGCCGUGGUGGGCGGCACUGGUGCGUUCAGGAUGGCGCGCGGGUACUGCGUCACGACGGCCGUGGCGAACCCGACGCCGGUGUCCGUCGUCUACGAGGUCGACCUGUUCGUGAAGAUGGAUGCGUAG